GAGCGGUGCUGUGGGAAGUGAACACAUACGGGGUUUGGAAUAGUGGCUACGGUAUGGAGUUGGAUGCAAUUUUUUAUUUUAUUUUCAGUUUAUGUUUUAAGUCAUUUAGUCGUAAUUUGGUGUAGAUUUCAAUAAAUUAAACGACAUAGUGAAAUAUGUGGGGGGGCUGCACAAGAAUUGAGAGAGUUAAGAAAAGUACAAUGACAUCUGUUUUGUGGAGGUUUUGGCCAGCGUUAAUCCUGGUCAUGCUUCCACUUGCACAAGCUGCUGAAGAGGAGUCCCUGUUGCAGGAAUCCUGGAAUGAUUUCUGGCUGUUUCGUUUUUUUCUUAACAUCUCUGGAUAUGCCACAAUCAUUGUCCCAGGUUAUCUCCUCAUUCAGUACUACAAGAGGAAAAACUACUUGGAGACAGGCCGUGGCAUUUGUUUCCCUGCCAUAAAAAGCUGCGUAUUUGGGAGCGAGACUAAGUCCGGUCUCCAGGAGGACGUUUCUGCAACAUCCAGAAAUGAGGCAACAGUAGCAUCUUCAUCUUCAGCCAAGCAAUUUGCGAAACUACUGGUCUGUGCUUUUGGACUACAGGCUUCGUAUCUCACAUGGGGUGUCCUACAAGAGCGAGUCAUGACUCAAACCUACAGGACCGCAGACACAGAGCUGGGUGAGAAAUUCAAGGAUUCCCAGUUUCUGGUUUUCAUGAACCGGAUCUUGGCAUUGACGGUAGCCGGGAUUUAUUGCGCCCUCACCAAGCAGCCUCGGCAUGGAGUCCCCAUGUACAAGUACUCCUUUGCCUCCCUCUCAAACAUCCUGAGCAGCUGGUGCCAGUACGAGGCCCUUAAGUUCAUCAGCUUCCCAACGCAAGUGCUGGCAAAAGCUUCCAAGGUUAUUCCAGUUAUGUUGAUGGGGAAGAUAGUUUCCCGGAAGAGCUAUGAAUACUGGGAGUACUUCACAGCGGUCCUCAUCUCUGUGGGUGUCAGCAUGUUCCUGCUCUCCAGCACCACUUACAAGCACCCGUCAACAGUCACCACCUUUUCAGGGGUGGUCAUUUUAGCAGGUUACAUUGUGUUUGACAGCUUCACAUCCAACUGGCAGGACAAUCUCUUUAAAUACAAAAUGUCCUCGGUACAGAUGAUGUUCGGGGUCAACCUCUUCUCCUGUCUGUUUACUGUGGGCUCACUCCUGGAGCAGGGUGCCUUUUUGGAGUCCCUGAAGUUCAUGAGCCGUCAUUCAGAGUUUGCCUUCCACGCUCUUCUCCUGUCCGUCUGUUCAGCCUGUGGUCAACUCUUCAUCUUCUACACCAUCGGCCAGUUUGGAGCCGCCGCCUUUACCAUCAUCAUGACCCUGCGACAGGCCUUCGCUAUCCUGCUGUCCUGUUUCAUCUAUGGCCACGCAGUCACCAUAGUGGGUGGCCUGGGAAUAACCGUGGUCUUUCUGGCCCUCUUACUGAGGGUCUACGCUCGCAGCCGGAAGAAGAGGAGCAAAAAGGCAACCCUGAUUCCAGCGCCAGUGGAGAAAGUUUAGGAAUGGGGGGAAAAAAUAAUAGGAUUUUGGACAAAGUUUUCAGUAAAAGGGAUAGUGCAUUAAAAGAAAAGGUGUGUGUUGGUUUGUACAGUCUAGUGGAGGUAAAGAAGGGACUGUUUUGAAGCUAGUGUUUUUCUUGUGUAAAUGGAGACAUAUUUGAGAAUGUUAGCCUACAGACAUUUGAAUUCCAUUGUCCUUAUCUGUGUCCCCGAAAUAAAUCGACUUCAUGAUUUUUGUAUGGUACCAACAGGACUGACAAGCUGUGGCUCCUAAAGUUGCAAUUUCUGAUGAUUUGACUAAAAAGAAACACAAAAGCUGACUACUGGCAGCAGUUUGCUGUUACUGGACUGAAAAUAAAUAUUCAAAGUGUGGCCAGUCACAGUUGUUCAUGGGUGUAUAGGCCAUUCUUCCUAUGCAAUCCAACAAAUUUAACCCUGCCAACUAGAAUUCUUUUAGACGGAGAAAGUAAUUUUAAGCAGGUAUGACUUCUGUCAGAAGCCUUCAUAUGUCUGUUAGGAAACACAAAUGUUUUUAUAAAAGGCGUUUUGCAUUGCAUUUUGGAAAGCUAUUUCUAGUAAACACAAAACCUAGAAUUAAUUGUAAAAUGUCACUCUUGAUACUAUUUGUAAAAUAACUAGUUUACACAGCAAAUCACAUUUCUGUAGAACAACUACAAACUACAACUAAAGCUGCUGUGGCAGCCGAUUCUAGUUUGGAUUAUAAGUUCUGCCAUCUGCCAUAAUGCCAUUAUGUUCAUUAUAAAGCCACUGGUAUGCAAGCUAGGUUCAGCAUGUUGACGUUUGCUUUCUAUGCAGCAGUUUUUGCACUUUUUGGUUCAUAAUAUCAAUAGUACCCUCCAUAUCAGGCGUUAUUUGCUGCAAGUUCUGUAACUCCAAUAUUUUCCCUAUCAGUGGAUUUAUGUUCAUUCCUAUUACACUGAUAAAGGCAUUUGGCAAAACUUUUGUCUACUUGAUUUAGUUUCUUAAAUGUACCUAUUCAAGUAAUUUACUGAACACUCAUCUACUACUGGGCGGUCCAUUUAAAAAAAAAACAAAAAAAAACAAAAACAAAAAAAAAACACAACUUUUUUCUUUUUCUCCCCUUACUUGCAAACUACUUGUAUGAAAGCUAUUUACCUGCUGAUCAGUUAGGAUAUAUUGGUUAAAAAAAACUGGGAGAGAUGUAGGGUAUAAUCAUCAUAUAUAACACAUUUGUUUUCCAUAGCUAGUCUAGAAGCAUAACGCAUUUUGAUUAAAGAGUUGGAGUACAGUGUUCCUGAAGAUAUGUGCUGUAAUGUAAAGAAAAAACCUAGCUGAUGUCAUGUUUCUGGUUCUGUAAAAGUUUUAAAUCAGUGAUAUCUGAACAUUUUUAUAAAUUGUCUUUGUAUUAAACCUUGCAUUAUAGUUAUAUUGGAUGGAAUACAACUGAAGUGGAUGGUUUUGAGGACUUUCUAGUUCAUAAUACUGAGUGAUGAGAAACAGUGUUUUUAAAGACACUAUAUGGGCCUCUAUUUUAAAUCAUGGUAAGUCGGAGGUUAUUUAUGUAGAAUCUUUCUAAGCAAUGUAAGGCAUCUGGUAAGUGUGACGCAUGUUCAGUUCCUAGUUGUAAAAAUACUUUGAAUGCAGUAAUGGAUACUUUUUCAAUGUUACCAAUUCAAGCUUGUUUUGAAAGGUUGAUUUUUGUGCAAAUUACUGUUUUAUCCUGUUUUUAGAUUAUUUUUUUUUAUCCACUCAUUUCAAACACAAUUAAUCCAAUUCAAUCUAUUUUGCCAUCUUCAUAAGGUCCGUUCAGUUUUUAAUACAGUGCUUAUAGAAAAUCUACACCCCCUUGAACUUUUUUCACAUUGUCAGUGCCUUAGAGUUGUAUGCAUUUA